AUGGCUAUCAUUCGACAUGUACAUCUGUCAGGAACUCUUCAUGGUGAUAAUGUUGACUGCUUCUGUCAUUUGCAUUCCGUCUGAUCGGCCAAUUUGCAAAGUUAAAGUACUAAAGACUGGUACAUAUGCUACUGACGAAUGCAAGUGUACAGCAAUACAUACGAAUUGUUCAAAUCGUACAAUUACCAAGUACCUGGAGUUUUUGCCAGAUAACUUUAAACCACCUAAAGUGAGUUACGUCAAAAUAAUGAACCACUCAAUUACUUCGAGAACUGUAAAUCUAUCUGUUAGUUGGCAGUACUCAAAACCAGAUGAUAAACAUAUCAGACAAAAAGGAUUUCUUCUUAAAAUAGAAACAUUGGUACCAUUGAUAUCAAGAUAUGUAGUGGUGAAAAACAAGGUAAAAGGGAGUGAGCUCAACUACCAACUGUCAAAUAUAAAUCUUCCGGAAGCAACUAACGCAUCGUUCGUGGAAGUCACAGUAUGGAGUUUGGUACGUUACAAAAACUGGACAGAUCGAAGACGGGAAAAAUCUUCCAAUGUUAAUAAGUGUCGAUGGUAUUCCGAAAAAUACGAAAACUAUGGAAAGUCAGCGGAAUUUGAAAGGUCAAAACGAACGAUACAGAGAACGAUACAGAGAAAAAUUACCACAACAAGAGGGCCGCCAAACAGCUGUAAAUGUUUGAAAAAUGAUUUAUCGGUUAAUUUGACCUCCACAGGAAUUAUAGUAAGAUCCUCUAAUAUCUGCCCUAAAGAUCAUUCAAUACAUAUUGAUAGCAUAUUUUUAUCGGAAAUGCCAGAGAAUAGCACAAAACAGUUUUAUAAAGACAGUUGCUACUUUAACUUCACUAAAAUACCUGCAGGUAUUUAUGCUCUAAAGAUACUUUAUCAUUGUCCACAGUAUAGCGACGAACCACCUUCUUGUGUUAAAAUUAAAGCUAUCAACAAAACGAACAGAUGGUCUCCUCAGGCUUUAUCAUAUCAUCAGAAAAUUACCAUUGAUGACAGAAUAAGAUGGUUGCAGUACACUAUAGGAAUUAUAACUGCAACGUUUGUUAUGUUUGUUUUAGUAGUAGUUUUCAUAUUGUGGCACCGGAAGAGAAAAAAUAGUCACAAUAGACAUCAUGAUGAUACGGAGAAUGCACAGCAUGAACCUUUAAUUAAUAACCAGGUACUGCUCAUAUCAUUUGCAAAGUCUUCGGGUGUAGCUACAACGGUUUCUCGGUUUGAAGAGAUGAUAAAUAUAACAUUUGGAAUCAGAACAACAAAUACGACCAACCUUUUCAAUCAGCUAUUGUAUGAGGGAAGCUUAAGCAAAACGCCUGAAACUAUCGAAAGUAACAUUAUUGAAUUGAUUGGAAGUUUUAAUCACGUGAUAUUUGUGGCUACUAAAGAUUUAUGUGAAACGUAUCAUGCCAAAGCUAACUUAGGUGACACUCAAAAUUCAAUAUCCAGAAAUAAUGAAGAAUUACUACAUUUCAAACUAGCCAAAACAAUCAAAGAUCUACAGGCAAAACCUCAUCAUUCUAUUUGGUGCCACUUUGUUGCAUUUGAUAAAACACAAAAUAGUUACUGCGAAGACAUAUUUUCCUAUGUGAGUCCACCGUCAGGACGUGGCAGGAAAUAUAGAUUGGUAAGAAGUGAUCACGUGAAAGAUUUGAGGCAUCUUAUACAAAAUUUACCUUCUUCCAAAAGUAAGGAAGAAUUAUUAAUAGAAAUAACACAGUUUAGCAGGAAAAUAUUAGUUGAAACUCUUCAACCUAGGAACAAUGCAAUAGCUAUUCCAAAUAUACCACCAGAGCCAGGCCCGUCCUGUCAAUUACAUCCAGGUAGAGAUGAAUCUGAUCCUAGCUUAACAGAACCAAAAUCUGGAACUAAUCAUUCCACUGCUGUUAAAGAAAGUCAAGCUGCUACAUGUGGAGAAGAUACAACAUCCACUGCGUAUCCAAGAUCAUUGGAACAAACCGAGGUCAAAAUUGUUGAUGACAUAGAUGAUUCGACAAAAACUAAAACAGUGGAGUCAGACUCGACGCAAAACAACAAACAUGAUACUGUUGUUAAAACGCUGGUUCAGACAGAUACAUCCGAGAAAAGUGUCGACAAAGAGAAUGGUCAAUACUCCGACAUAGUCAUUAAAACACCACAGGGGACGAGUACUACGACUUCAACAGUAAAUGAGGAGACCAAUCAGAAAACAAUAGCUAGCACUGCGAUUUCAAACCAGUGUAUCAACUUCACAUAUCCGGAAGCUAAUCAUGAAACUGAAAACGCAGUCCAAUCACCUACACAAUCGAACAACGCGGCGGAAAUCCCUUUCUGUUCUCAUAACGAAGGCAAUGACCAAGAUACAAGCCAAGAAUUACAAGGAUUGUCUUAUAUUAAAAAUAACUCUGACAUUGAGGAAAAUUAGAAAGGAAGUAAAAAAAAACAUUAUUAGCCCAGUGUGCUCUUGUUACGAUACGUAGACCAUUUGAUUAAAAGGACAAGGAUAUGUGUUCAGCUUUUAUAAUUGUAAUGAUUGACCGUAAUUAGUGAAUUGUUCUCAUGUAUGUUCACUGUACCUGGAAAAUGAUAUCCGUAAAAUUGAACAUCCUCAACAUAGGGCUUCACAAAAUGUUAAAUCAGUUGAUACAAAGAAUUAUGAGGAACUACUGUAAAAUUGAACAUACUCAACAUAGGGCUACACAAAAUGUUGAAUCAGUUAAAACAAGAAUUUUGAGGAACUAUUAUAAUUCCUAUCCUCGAAAAUAGACCAGAUAUAUAUGCAUAUGAUAUGUUACAAUUUUACCAAGCAUUCUAUAAAAAAUAUAAAAUGACUGAAUGUGCUAGCAUUUUCGUACUUAAGGUCACCAGUAUAAGUUAGCAAGGAAGACAUGUUAUA